AGGUUUUAGGGAUGACUCCCCCGGGUCAGUCAAGUAGUCAGCCUUUGCCAUCAAAGGAGUUGGGCCUGUUCAAAAAAAUCAUAAAAUCAUACGAACAAAAGAAAUAUCGCUUUGGACUAAAGUAUGCGAGGACAAUUCUAAGCAAUCCAAAUUUCGCUGAACAUGGAGAAACCUUAGCAAUGAAGGGGCUCAUUCUGAAUUGCAUGGGUAAGCAACAAGAAGCACAGGAAUGUGUAAAAAGAGGUCUGAAGGCUGAUCUAAAAUCUUAUGUUUGCUGGCAUGUAUACGGGCUUGUCCAAAGGUCAGAUAAAAAAUACGACGAGGCAAUCAAGGCAUACAAGCGAGCUUUGAUCCUUGACAAAGACAACAUGCAGAUUUUGAGAGAUCUGUCAUUACUCCAGAUACAAAUGAGGGAUUAUGAGGGAUACAAAGAAUCUCGAUAUCAUUUGCUGCGACUUCGGCCAACGCAGAAAGUGUCUUGGAUUGCUUACGCCACAGCAUAUCAUCUCUUGAAAGAUUAUGAGAAGGCACUCAAUAUACUAGUGGAAUUCAUUCAAAACAAUAAGCCUUCUUCGUACGACUUCGAGUACUCGGAACUUGUCCUCUAUCAGAACAUGAUUCUUUGUGAAGCGGGCCAGCUUGAAGAGGCACUGUCAAAACUUGAGGAGAACGCCACUGUCAUAGUAGAUAAAGUAUCUUAUAUGGAAAGAAGAGGUUCUAUUUUGAUGAAGCUUGGAAGGCUGGAAGAAGCUGAAAAAGUCUACCGCCAGCUCAUUGAUCGAAAUCCGGAAAAUAUAGACUAUUACGAUAGGCUCGAGAACUGCAUCGGCUUAGGUGAAAGUGCUCCCAUUGCCGACCGUAUAGCCAUGUAUGACUAUUUUGCUGACCGGUAUAAGCGUGCUGCGGCUCCUCGACGGCAACCACUAUACUUGCUAGAAGGACCGGAGCUUGCUCAUCGUCUUGAUGAAUGGAUCGUGAAAGGGUUGCGGAAGGGUGUUCCUAGUCUUUUCAAAAAUCUAGUCCCUUUGUACAGCAGUCCUAGCAAGGUUAACAUCAUCGAGCAAUUACUGCUGGAUUAUGUGAAACAUGUAGAAACGAAUGGCUACCGUGGAGGAUCGCUCCAUGGGGACGGUGAUGAAAUGGAAUCUCCUACAUCUGCUCUUUGGCUUUACUUAUUAGUCGCUCAACACUUUGAUCGAGUUGGCAAUAUUCCAGUGGCAAUGAAAUAUGUCGAGUCGGCAUAUGCGCACACCCCUACUCUCAUAGAGACAUUAAUGGUAAAAGCAAAGAUAUAUAAGCAUGCUGGAGAUUACUCUGAAGCGGCAAGGCUCAUGGAUGAAGCGCAAUCUUUGGAUACGGCUGACCGCUAUAUCAACAGUAAAGCUGCCAAAUACCUGCUUCGUGCUGGGCAGAUGGAACGUGCGGAGAAGAUGUGCGGCAAAUUUACGAGGGAAGGGGACCGAGCUUCGACGACUCUCAAUGAAAUGCAGUGCAUGUGGUACGAGUUGGAGUGUGCUCGUUGUCACUUUAGGGAAGGCCGUUACGGUGAGGCCUUGAAAAAAGUGCAUCAAAUAGAACAGCACUUUAUAGGAAUGAUUGAGGACCAAUACGAUUUCCAUACUUAUUGCCUUAGGAAAACAACGUUGUGCUCGUACAUACAGCUGCUUCGUUUAGAAGACGUUCUCCGUACACACGAUUUCUAUUACCAUGCUGCAAUAAUCGCUGCAAAGAUUUAUCUUCGCAUGGUUGAUCGCCCUCAAGACUUUUCGGGUGGAACGGAGCCCGUUGAUGGGCUCUCGGCAGCUGCCCUGAAGAAGCUGAAGAAACAGCAAAAGAAACAACAAGAGAAGGAACAGGAACAAAGAAAGAACAUGAAUAAGAAGGAAGUAUACACGAAUCCGGCCAUGCAAUUCGAUGCGGACGCGCUACUGAAGACUGAGAAGCCUCUUGAUGAAGCGUCCAAGUUCGUUCAACAUUUGCAUAUGCUGGGCAGCAAACAUAUCACUGCCUACAAUAUUGCUUUUGAAGUGUAUCUGAAAAAGAAUAAACCACUUCUUAUGCUCAAGUGCCUCAAGCAAGCUACCCUGCUUGAUGAAACUGAUCCACGUCUUCAUGUCUGUCGCAUCAAAUUUUUGAAAUACAAGGAGAAUGCUGCAUUGUCUGGCGUCGUUGGAAGUUUAGUUGAAGAAAUGUCCUCUCAGUUGUUUGCGGAGACGGAUCCGACAGCGUUGAAUGAGACCUUCAAGCAUCAACACCUGAAUAGUCUUCGUCAUCGUAUCGCAGUUUCUGAAUGCAACUUGAUCCUUGAUCCUGGUAGUGAAUCUACCACGAAGAAUUGGCUUAUAAAGUCGUUAGAGGACGAGAAACUUACGGGUAGAACUUUGAAAACGGUUAUGGAAUUGUACGAUGCAAUCAAAUACGGACGACAUGGAACAUGGAGUAAGGAAGAGUUGGACGCAUUCGUGAAGCAAGCUCAUACGUUGUUCCCGCAAGCGCAAAUAUUUGGAGGAGGAUCUUCUGUGGUCAUGACUCCAACAGAGAAUGAGUAGUGCCAUGCUAAAGCUUUGCUCAUGUGCUGUCACCUCUAAUGUCCUCAAUCCUAUAGUAUCGAAUCAGAUCCCAACCACUUUCACGACCUUAGCAUAGAGCUUUCGUUUUGUGCUAUGAUGCGUAUAGUAUUCUUCUGCACUAGGCUUGCGACCGCCGACAAUGCCUGUGUGGUCUAGCCAUUGUUGACAAUAUUCGUUUUUUACAGUGUUCUCGUUUGUUUUCACUGUUUGUUUUUGUUAUUCACCUUAACUACUCGGUCAUUCAUUUGUCAGGCCGGUGAAGGUGAAAGUGGCUGUGUUUAUUGAAUUUAUAAUUCUUCAUUAGGAACUUUAUAGAUUUCUAUUCGAUCUGUUUUUUUUCUGCGCUAUGCUGCCUGCUUUAAAUGAGCGGGUGGAUUCGUGGAAGAUCGCUCAAGUGUUCUUCGAAAUUUAGUGUGUUUUCGCCCAGUUGCUCUUCUCAGCGUAUGUGUACCAUGUAAAAGAUGAUUGGGCGCCUCUGGUGACUUCAUGAACACCUCUCAUACAGUAGUCAAUUGAAGCAUCCUCAGCGAAGUGUGCUCCCCGCGCCCAUCGCGAGUUGAUGCUAGCGAUAAAGCAAUUAUGAUCAAUACAGG